AUGUUGAAAGUCCUGAAGAUCGCUUGUUUAGUUUUUACGUGUGCAGUUGUAGGAUUUGUCAUGAAAACAGUCAGUAGAUCACAUCGAAAAGAAAGUGAUAUAAGUGAUGCAUCUGUUAUGCCUGUUCAUCCCCCAAAUGGCAUUAUCAUAAAUCUCAGAAAUAUACUCAGUGGUGGAAAUGGAAUCCUUUUUGUAGAAACAACAGACAGAAUGGAGCCACCAUCCUUGGUCUUAUGUGCAAUUGAAUCAGCAGCUCGAGUGUAUCAUGAUCGACCAAUACUCUACUUUAUGAAGGGGCUGCAUGAUAUAGAAACAGAAGAAGAUAUGAAUAGAACCAGGAAUCUUUUUCCGUCUCUCUCGUCUUUUGAUAAUGUCUAUAUACUGCCUCUGAGACUUGAGGAAUUGUUUAAUAAUACACCUCUUCAGUCAUGGUAUGAAAAGGUAAACCCCGCAAAAGAAAUCUACUGGACUCAUGUUAAAUCGGACGCAUGCAGAUUUGCAAUGAUGUGGAAGUAUGGAGGCAUUUACAUGGAUACUGACGUCAUUUCAAUCAAACCCAUUCCUGAAGACCAUUUUCUAGCAGCACAAUCAUUCGCAUCGACCAGCGGCGGUGUAUUUGGUUUAUCUCCACAUCAUAAAUUAUCAUGGGAGUUUAUGGAAAACUUUGUCCAAAAUUAUAGAGGAGAAAUAUGGGGACACCAAGGACCAGGAGUUUUCUCACGUGUAGUGGCCAAAUAUUGUGGAGUUCCUCAGUUCAAAUCUGUGGAUCAUGUUGAUUGUGCGAAUGUCUCCUACUUUCACCCUGAACGCUUCUACCCCAUUCCAUACCCAUCUUGGAGAGACUACUUUAAGGUUUGUAAAGAUUUGCCAACUUUCAAUAAUUCUUAUGGUCUUCAUCUCUGGAACUUCAUGAAUAAAGAAGGAAAGCGCAUGAUGGUUGGAAGUAACACACUAGUAGAACAUCUUUAUCAACAAUACUGCCCUUCCACUUAUGGAGAAGUCUAA